AAUUUUAUUGGCAACCCUGGUGAGAAUGUGUAAUUUUUCAGCUAAAAUUUUCUUGCGUAAAAAGUAUAUACCUAGCGGCUUUUAGCAUUAAAAGAAAAUCAUUCACAGUUUGUUUCUAUUUCUGCUGGUUUAUAAAGGACUACAACAUUGUUUUCACUUCUGGAAAACAAUUGUCCAAUUCCAAAACAAGCGUAAACGUUAAUAUGGCAAAGCGAGGUAAAAAAAGAGCAAAGACUGCUCGCAAAACAGAAGUAAAUGUUGCUGCAAGUUCUUCAGCAGUAUGUGCCCCUCAAAAAGUUCAUCCUGCAAGAGACGAUUGUUACCCGUUAAACAAGUUGUGCCGUUUAUGUUUGUUGUCUAAUAUCAACAUGGAGCCCAUUUUUGCUUAUCCCGGAGACAACAGACUCUCCGAAAAAAUUUUUGAAUGUACUAGUCUUCAGAUCACUGAAGCCUGCGAACAGGGAAUUCCCACAUCUAUCUGUGGUCAAUGCAAGAAGCAAUUAGAUCAAUGUCACGAAUUCCGUCUACUUUGCUGGAAAAACAACGAGGUUUUGCAAAAUUUGCAUGCCAUUUUAAACCCAAAAAGACAAGUUCAACCGAAAAGCUGGUCAACUCCUGUUAUUCAAUUAACAAAACUCGAUAUCGGUAUGAGCUCUAUGCAAAGCGAACAAAUAGAUUUGUCUAAGCUUUACACUCCUCCUCGAGGUGGUAGAAGAGUUGCGACAGCUAAACGCAAUUUUGGAGAAAUUAAUUUGGAUCAGUUGUAUACUCCCUCCCGUCGAGGUUUCAAUGCAUCUAAAGCUUUUCCUCGCUUCUCUAAGGAAUUAGUGGUACGUCUAGUUCCCAUGUCUACUUCACUUAUUAAUAAGUAUCGCAAAGCCACCAUAACAAGGACAAAAGCUGCAAUGAAAUCAUUUUCACAGUCGAAAGUAACGCAAUCAGGACAUUCAAAAAAAUCAACAAAAUCAGUUGCAAAAGCUAGAACAGAAAAACGAAGUUUGUCAGUGGUAAAGACAACUCCCACUAAGCCUACUAAAGUUAACAAAACAACGAAAACAGUUUCUCCGUCGGUGAAAAAACCUAAAGCCAAACAAGCUGAAAUCUCAAUGCCUCCCAAAAAGAGGAAGGAAAAUUUUCCAACACCAGUGCCAGCGAUGGUAACUUGUUUACUAUGUAGUAACACAUUCAACAAUCAGAAAACCCUGAGUCGUCACAUGAGUGCACAUGAGAAUAAUCGUAAACAAAACCGCGUGUUUGGCUGUGAAAUUUGCCAAAAAGAAUAUUUGAAGCCAGCUCAACUGACAGAACAUCUACAAAGCCCAGAGCAUAUUGCAUGUGCUGGACCCUGUGAGUUAGAAGAAGCCGAGGUAUCAAUUCUUCCAGAUAACGAUGACGAACAAUUACAAAUAGCCUCUGGAGAGUUAUCUAAAAGUGUGUCUGUCAAUGCUGCAGACGCAGAAGAAAUCACGGUUCAACCAAUAAUUCACUUAUCUGAAAAUCGGCAACCAUCCCCAGACACGAACGACGCUUCUCAGCAUGGUGAUGAUCAUGAUGGAGAUCCAAAUCCGGCUGAAGAAGCUCAGAUAGUAGCGGACAUCGAAUCUUCAGUGGCAAACGAAAUUCCUGUUAAUCGAGAUGCCAGCCCUAUACCAGUGGAUAGUGAAUCAUCGAUUUCGCGAGAUGGAGGUGUACAGUAUAGUGAUGUUUGUUCAACAAACAAUGCAGAGAAUUUGUUCAAUGGUAGCGGAACUGAUUCCUUUAAUUCUUCGCGACGCGUUACCUUCUCCGACAUAACUGAGGUUGUAGAAUAGUUUUCGCUUUUGAGAGGUGUGUCAUACGUUUUUUUGAUUGGCUAAGGAUACCGAUCUUAUUCUUUAUAUGUUUUCAAAUGUUUAUGAUGCAACAUUUUCGCAGGUAAUUUUAAUCUCAAUAAACAAGUAUCGUAAAAAAACUUUAAGCUAAUCAGGCAGCCAAUAAAAUAAAAAAAGUAGAAUAUAAGCAACUUGAGAAA